AUGGAAUUACUUAAAGAUGAUCCUAACAAUUAUCUGCUUCAUGAUCUUUGGAAACAAUCAUAUAAUAUUCGUCGUCUAUGUAUUCGUGAAUUAGAAAUAGAUGAAAUACUUGAACGUCUUCCAGGUUAUUGCCGUUCAGAAAUGGUAAGCAUUAUCGACUGUACUUUGAUAAAAGUUGUUUUUUUUGUAAAAGUUGGUAUAUAGAGAAUUAGUUUGUCUCAAAAGGCAACUGAUAUUUUAGUUCAUAAAUUUAUUUGUCUUCAUCGUGCAAAUAUAGCAAGUUUCGACUAUAUCUUUCUUGAAAAGUAUCUGAACCAAGAUAUCUUAUAAUAAAAAUAUUGAUUUUGAGUUUACAUUAAAACAGUUUAUUUCAAUGACUAAGAGUUUUUCAUUAGAAAUAUUUCGUGAAUCCUGAUGAAAUUCUACUUUAAUGGGAUAUCGUACUCGUUAGAUUUUCUACUUAAAGCCAGCUGUUUUUCAUAAUGUUUUUGAAAAAACAUUCCACUUUUACAUAUUUUUCUAUACAUUGACACUAUGAUUUAAAGUUAUACACGUUAUACUUUUAAUGCAAAGGACUAACUUUAAUAUAUGAAUCUUUUUUUAUAAAAAAAAAACAGUAGAGAUUACACGUUAAACUAAUCAUUCUAACAAAAUUUUCUCUUGUUUUCAAAGGUCAUUUAAAUUCUUAAUUAAAUUCUGCUCAAGUUUUUUAGGUCUUGGCUGCAGUAAAAGAAUCUACUGGUAUUGAUAUCGAAGAAAAUGUCAGUGUUUUAUUGCCAACGUUUUUCGAUUAUGUACCGAAUAAUAACUGUUUGUUAUGAGGUAAAAUUUUGAAAAAAAGAACAGAAUUUUUUAGUUAGAUUGAACAUAUAUUUCUACAUGUUUCGAAGUAUCAAAUUGCCAAUUUUUUUUAGAAUAAUUUUUUAUUCGAAAUCUGAAGUAAUUUUUUUGGGUUUUCAUGAUGGUUAACCAUUGGUCCAAUAAAAACAUAUUUUAAUCUAUAGAAGAACUCGAGUGAUUCUCUCUUAUGCACUUUUUCCUCAGGGAAAGAAAUUUUUUUAAUCAACGUUGAAAUUUAUAUAAUUUUCAAUCUAGAUGUUUUACCUAUUCGAAUUGUUCGUACUCUAUGUAAACUAUUUGGUGAUUCAGUGAGUAAUAUUUUUACAUAUCAGGUAAGCUGUCAAUUAAACUUUCACUUAUAAAAAAACAUGCUUUUUUAACUUUCUAUAUAGGAAGUACUUACACCUUACCCAUAUAUGAAAAUUCUUGAUAAGUUCGAGCUUUAUCUCGAUUUUCACCUCGUAACAUAAACUAAUUCUUGUUCAACAGCUCUCGCACUCCUUUUAUUACUAUAUUACGUUUUUGAAAUUCGAUUCGGUCAUCACAAUCGAUGUUCUCGUCUUCUCUAUGGAGUUUUAUUUGAAGAUUCACAUUAUCUCAAUAAAGCACUCAAAAAUUUGGCCAACAGUUGGAAAUACAAAAUUGUUAAUCGAUCCUUUUAGAGACAACAAGCAAUGGUUACGAAUCUGGUAGAAAGUUUAACUGAACCUUCGACCAUGAAUGAACAUGUCUCAUCGCCAUCCAAUAUUUACAAUGAAGUAAGUUUCUUAAUUUAACUUGAUAGAAAAAAAUAGAUUUCGUCUCUCUAAGUUGAAAAAAUAUUUAUAGUAUAAUGUUGCAUUAAAUAUGUACAGUCGUGGACAAAAGUACGUACCCCCCUUGAAGUGGUGUUAUAUUCGAUCAUUUUGAACUGAUAUUUUGUGUACUUGUCGGCCCUAUUGAACCCUGAUCGCAAGCAUCACCCCGCCCUCAUUCGGUUGACAUUUGCUGAAGAUAUCACUCGUACAUUUUCGUCACCUUGUCAAGGUCAUAUCUCGGUCAUUAUUCGACAUUUACUU